AUGAUGCACCGCUUCCAGAAUAGUAGUAACACAGACAGACAAGUGGAAGUAGAUGAAUUUACAGACUUGAAUAGCCAAAGUGUACCGCAGGAGACGACGACGGAGGCGCUAGCGUCGUCGUGUGAGGGCGAGGAGAGGGAGUCGUGGGACAGUAAGCUCCAGUUUCUGCUAGCUACUGUGGGCUACGCUGUGGGUCUGGGCAAUGUGUGGAGGUUUCCCUACCUGGCUCAGAAGAACGGUGGAGGAGCCUUCUUGAUCACGUUUUUCCCCGUGAUGCGGGACCUUCCUGGACUGCCUUUCUACCUGGAAUUGGCAGUAGGUCAGCGGAUCCGCAAGGGAGCGCUGGGUGCCUGGCACCAAGUCUCCCCUAGCCUAGGUGGUGUUGGCAUCGCUUCCGCUGUCGUCUCCUUCGCUGUCGCUCUCUACUACAACACCGUCAUCGCCUGGUGCCUCUACUACCUCUUUCAGAGCUUCCAGUCACCGCUGCCGUGGUCAGACUGCCCCCAGGCCAUUGGGGUGAUCGAGGGUAACAACACCAGUCUGAUCCAUGAGUGUGAGAGAGCGGGACCCACCCAGUAUUUCUGGUACCGCGACACACUGGCCAUCACAGACGACCUCUCGCAGAUCGGAGACUUCAACUGGAAGAUCGCUGGCUGCAUGGCCGUCGCUUGGCUCCUCAUCUACAUUUGCAUCAUGAAGGGUAUCGUCGCUUCUGGCAAGGUUGUGUACGUGACAGCGUUGUUCCCGUACGUGGUACUGCUGGCGUUCUUUUGCCGGGGAGUCACCCUCAGGGGCAUGUCUGAUGGCAUCUCUCACCUUUUCACCCCCAGGGUAAGUACCACCUCAAAGCAUCAUUUUCACCCCCAGGGUACGUACCACCUCACAGCUUCAUCUUCACCCCAGGGGUUCAAGGCUCAUCAGACGCACGACAGGUGCCUGGCGGAGAGGAACAUCACAGUGGCCUCCCUCAACGAGACAGUUCCUGGUGCUGAGCUGUAUGAUCUUCUCGCUCGGCGCAACAUCUCUCUUCCACUCUGUGACAUCAAUGAGGAACUCAAGAAGUCAGCAGCGGGGACUGGUCUAGCCUUCAUUGUCUUCACGGAGGCCAUUAACCAGUUCCCCUUCCCGCCGCUGUGGGCCAUCCUCUUUUUCCUGAUGCUCUUCACCCUGGGUGCCGACUCCCAGUUUGGCACCCUCGAGGGCGUCAUCUCCUCCCUCAUCGACCUCAAGGUCCUGCCUCAGCUCCGGAAGGAGGCACUCUCAGGGUUGGUGUGCUGCCUCUGCUUCAUCAUCUCCCUCAUCUUCACUCACGGGGCUGGCAACUAUGUCUUUCAACUCUUCGAUGCCUUUGCUGGCAACAUUCCUCUCCUGGUGAUCGGCCUCUUCGAGUGUCUCGGCAUCAGUUACAUCUACGGGAUCAAGAGGUUUGCUAGUGACGUGGAGCUGAUGUGUGGGUCCCGUCCCUCAUUGUACUGGCUGGUGUGCUGGAAGGUGCUCUCUCCUGUCCUCAUGGUCACCCUGCUAGUAUCCUUCGUCAUCAAGAUGGUCGUCGAGGGAAGUACGUACUUGGCCUGGGAUUCGACGCUGGGGGAGAGUGUGGACCGCCAGUGGCCCUCCUGGGCGUGGGUAGUGGCCAUCCUGCUGGUGCUCAUACCCCUCGUGUGGAUACCCAUAGUUCCCAUCGCCAAUGCGCUUGGGUUCCCGCUACUGACAGAGGAAGAGCCAGCCUGGUUCCCCGAGAAGGAGCUGCGCAGCGCUCAGGACAUCACCCCGCAGAGGUUUACAGCCCUCGAGAGAGCUUUACUAUGUCUCUCAGUCUCCACGGAAUCUCUCAGGGAUGACGAGGAGUCACAGGGAAGGGGCGGUAACGAGGGUAACAUCCCUAACAACAGCUCCCAGCAGGCACUCCUCCCGCAGGACUCCAAGACCUCCACCGCCGCCUCCUUCACAAAAGCUGCCAACGGCCCCUCCACGGACACCAACAACACCUGGAACGCCACCAAAGCCACCUCCAACAACCUCAAAGCAAAACCCAAGAAACCAGCUGGAGGAGAGAAAGGGAAGCUGCUCCACGCUUCGACAGAGGACAAACCUCAAACAAGAAGGAAGAGUGAGGAGAGGGACAAGAAGAAAAAGGACAAGAAUAAUAGGAGCAGCAUGUAAGACACAAGACAAGCAAGAGCAGUAUGUAAGACAAGACAAACAGGAGCAGCAUGUAAAACAAGAUAAACAGGAGCAGCAUGUAAGACAACGAUAAACAGGAGCAGCAUGUAAGACAAGAUAAACAAGAGCAGCAUGUAAGACAUAAGACAAAUAAGAGCAACAUGUAAGACAAGAUAAACAACAGCAACAUGUAAGACACAAGGCAAACAAGAGCAACAUGUAAGACACAAGACAAACAAGAACAACAU